AUGAAGGUGAAAAAGCCCCGUGGUAUCCGGCAUGACCGGGACUGUGGUCGCUGCAAAGUCCGAGGGGUCAAGUGUGACUUGAACCGCCCCCGAUGUCAAGGCUGUCUAGAGGGUGGAGAAGCAUGCAACUAUCCACAACGAGUUGUAUGGGUAGAUGAUAAGAAGUCCAAAUCACCAACCGCACAGAUUCCUGAAACGCCAGGGCCUACCAAGUCAUCAUCUAUCAAUCUAUAUGGCUUCGUCGACCUCCUGGACACUUUUUGCCAACAAAUCCAAUCCAGCAGCCGCGAUAUCCCAGAAGAAGGAAUCCAACUGAUUACACGCACGCUAAGCUUUGCCCGCUCACGCAUCCAAGAUGCGAACAACAAAGAAUCUCUCCAGUCGCACCUGGUGGCCUUAACGAAUCUGAGCCAAGUGAUCCAGUCCGCCCACCCAAUUGCACUCUUCGGCAUCGCCACUUUCGCCAUGUUCGAAGUAUGCUGCGGGUCCUUUGGGAACUGGCAUUGCCAUCUCCAAGGCGCACGCUCCCUGCUAGAUCUCCACUGCCAACACAAAGCCGAUUUCGACGACCUCUGCGGCGAGAUCUCCGGUCUAGCUGAUGUCCUCGCCUAUCUAGUGUGGUUUGAUGUUACAGGUGCCCUCGUCCGAGAAAGUCCAUUAAUUUUUGAAGACUGGCAUCGCGAGACCUUAUCUACUGGCUUCCUCGACUCUGUCGGCUGUCCAGCAGAUACCUUCGAUCUUCUUGUCUACCUUGCGAAACACCCCGACGGCGAUGGAAUUCGUACUAUAGACCUCAGUGCUCGAGCAAUGGCCCAAGUCCUACAGCUCAACCCAGGCGACUCGACCGAUCGCAAUCUGGCUGCGACCGUUUAUAGAGGCGCCGCUGCAAUCAUGGCAUUCAGUCGCGCGGGAAUGACGACGGGCGACCCAUCUCCAUCAACAUAUCAUGCAAACGUAGUCUCCUCCAUGGUUGAUCGAGCUUGUCAGGCUAUCGCGGAUAUCCCGUCUUCGUCAAGAUUCUACGUGCACCUAGCUACUCCCGCGUACUUGAUCGCGAUGAGUGCCUCGACAGCCCGACAAUGCGAGAUAAUCCGAGGAUACUGGCGAAACUGCCAGUCGUGUGAAUUCCCCCGAUAUCCGGACGCGGAGGCGCAGUGCGAGAGGAAGUGGAGGAUAUGCGGUGUGGGGUUUAGCGUCGAUUAG